AUGCCUAAAACGCAAGGUAGGCAUCUUAUAUCACAGGAUAAUUCCAUUCCAGCCCUCGCAUAUGGAUAUUUAGUAGGUGUUCCACCUAUUUAUGGAUUAAUUACUACUAUUUUUGGUCCAAUUAUUUAUACUAUCUUUGGUACUUCAAAGCAUACAUCGCCAGCUGCAUCGAACAUCACGGACGUUGCUUCAAUAUGUUGUAAGACAACCGCUUCAACGGUGUCACCUGAAAAAGCUGUUGACGUCGCGACAUCGGUAACACUUCUCAUCGGUCUUUGGCAGAUUUUCUUCGGCCUUCUAAACGCCGGUAUUCUAGCGGUAUGGCUUUCAGAUCACCUUGUUCAAGGGUUAACAUCUGGAGCAGCUGUCCAUGUGUUAACAUCUCAAUUAAAGUCGAUGACAGGCAUUGAUGGAGUGCCACCUACAAGCGAAGCCUUUGGGUUGAUUAAGUUUUACCUCUGUUUUUUUAAAAGAUUGCACACGAUCAAGAUUCCAAGCGCCGUGAUCUCGGUUACAGCAAUUUUUCUAUUGCUGUUGUCCAACUAUUUUAUAGACCCCAUUCUUAAAAAUUGGACAAAUGUGAAGUUUCCAAUGGAAUUCGUGCUGGUGGAGUCCGGGUUUCCGCCUCCACGAAUGCCGUCUCUUGCACGUGCCGAUGAACUGGUCUGGCAUGCCAUUACCAUCGCAAUUAUUUCUUUUGUUAUUCAUAUUGCUCUCGCGAAGCUCAUCUCAAGGAAACUGAACUAUGAGGUAGACGCAAAUCAGGAAUGGUUUGCCCUCGGCGCAAUGAAUUCGAUAGCUUGCCUAUUUGGUUGCUUUGCUGGUGGUUCUUCACUCGGCCGAACCAUGAUGCAAGUGAAAUUUGGUACUAAAAGCCAGAUGUCGACGGUUGUCUGUUGCAGUAUCAUGGUUGGGGUGGUUUUCGGUGCUGGGUCAUUCAUCUACCAUUUACCUAAGGCCGUUCUUGCAUCGAUAAUAGUCAUUGCCAUGAAAGAUCUUUUCAUUCAGCUCGUCCGCGGAUUGUUCCUUUGCAAAGAAAGUAUUGUGGAUUUCAUGAUAUUUCUCGUUACGCUUGUCGCGGUAAUUUUAAUAAACGUAAACAAUGGCCUGAUCAUUGGCAUAUCAUUCGCUCUUUUGUCCGUUGUCUUUCGAACGCAGUGGGCGGAUAGUACGUGUAUGGGUCGAAUACCUGGAACAUCUGAUUUUAAAGGGUUGGGACAUUACCGAAGUGCAGAAGAAAUCCCAGGAAUAAAGGUCUUUCGUUUUGAUGCUCCGCUUUACUUUGCCAAUGCCGAACUGUUUAUUCUCAGUGUGUAUAAUGCUUGUGGACUUAACCCAGUUCUCGGUAACACCUUUCUACCGUUACGUUUGGUUGGCCGUCGGGUAGCAGAUGCAUCUUAUGAUUCAGUGAAGGAAGAUCAGGCCGAGCACGUCGUCACGCAGCUUACUCACAUAAUAAUAGAUUGCUCGACGAUUCCCUAUGUGGAUUUGAUGGGUAAAGACGCUCUCGCUCAAACUUAUGCCGACUAUUCCACCAUUGACAUUACAGUUUUAAUGGCAAAUUGUAAAGCAGCGGUACGCCAACUUUUCGAAACUACCGAUUUCUAUCAAAAAGUACCUAAGAAUCGGAUGUUUGUGAAUAUAAAUGAUGCUGUGAAUCAAGCAUUAAAAGAGCAACGAACACGUUACCCCGAGCAAAUCAUGGUUCGUUCAUUCCUUCCAUCUUUGUACUUUAUCGGCUCCAUUACCUCUCUAUUAAACGCCAGUUUUCGACUUUCGUCCAAAGUCCAAGCGUGUUCAGCAGCUGGUGGACCACAGUGA